AUGAGGCGUCCCUUGCUGGGCAUGGCUGCCCUGCUGUCGACAAUCGUCCUACUCGGUACGGCCUACUCAUCCCUCAACUCUCUCGCUCUCGACACAUCCCUCUACCCCUCUCCAAGCCGCACCGCCUAUUUCGCCCAGAAGACCAACAUCUUCAACCAAUACUUUGUCAAGCUCGCCUGGCUACACACAUCCCUCAUCUACCUUCCCCAUCUCUUCACGACUCCCUCACCAUCUCGCUUCAUCCCCCAUCUAUGGUCUUACGUCAUCUCCACAGCCUUCUGGGCAAUCUUCACCACCUGGUUCUUUGGCCGCGGGCUCGGAGACCGGAUCAUCGAGCUCAGCGGCGGAAAGUGCGUCAUUGCCCUUCCGACCAACUGGGGUCUGGACAGGGACAAGGUACAGGAGAUGAUGGCACUCGUACCUGCUUCUGUCGGGGCGUCCUUACUGUCCUCCACGCUGGACGCAACUACGUCUUCCCUCGCCGAAACGGCCAACUCGGCCCCGCACGAUGACAACCUGUACCUCGCCGUCCCUUCAUCAUUCUGCACUUCCCAGGCUGCCCUCACCCCCAAAUCCGCACCCGAUAUCUUCUCCAUCCUCUCCGCCCUCCCCUUCCCUCAAUCGGUAUAUAACGACUCGGAACGGCCGACACUCGCCAUCCCCCGCCCAAGGUGGUUCAGAGGCCACGACAUCUCGGGGCAUGUCUUCAUCCUCGUCCUCUCGUCGCUGCUUCUCACAAGAAGGCUGCUGCCAACGUGGAGGCGAUGGAUGGGCGCCGGAGAUGUAGUGGCGGCGGAUAAGGGACGUGCGCAAUCCCCAGUGUUGCAGCUGGGAAAUGAGCAGCUCCGUGCGCGGAUACAUGCGGUGGCGACCGUUCUGGGAACGGCGCUACUGGUUCUAUGGCUCUGGAUGACGCUCAUGACGGCGACGUACUUCCACAACCCGCAAGAAAAGAUCUCAGGUCUCGUACUGGGCUUGACGACCGCCUACCUAGUAGACGUCUUUACACCCUCAAUCUCAAUUUCUCCCUCGGAAACUUCGGCUGUCCCGAGGACCAAAUCCAGUCUGUCGCCUACGUUGGACGAGAAUGGAGCGAGAAGAGGGGAUGACGGCCUGGUGCAGUCUUCAGAGGCGGACGCAGCGGGCACAGAGGGAGGAAAGGAUAAGGUCGAAUGA